AUUUACGCGUCCUUGUUUACUAUUUCCUUUAUAACUGUGAGUAGUGGGUUUGCUUAUCCUGUCAGGUUACUGACAAAUCAUGUUUUAUGACGAGUAUUAUGACAGCGUAUUCAAUGGUGAUAACGAGGGACUCUACCAAGCACUGUCAAACGGGCACUCUGCUAAUGUUAUAUUGACACAACGUACUCUCCACAGUAGUGCUCGCUACCAAUGUGGGUGUGAGAAGACAACUCCAUUAUUAAUAGCAGUCUCUUGCGGUUAUGUACAGAAUCUACGAACACUGCUUGAUUGUGGUGCCCUUGUGAACCUGUUGCCUUGUCCAUGCCAUGAUACAGCUUUGCAUCUAGCAUGUAUGAGUAAUUACAACUCCAGCGUAUGCUUAGAAAUACUCCUAUCACAUGGUGCUAUUGUUAACGUACCAAAUGCAAUUGGAUUGACCCCACUGCAUAUUGCAGUGCAGUUAAGUAAAUACGAACUUGUACAUCUGUUGCUGAAUACUGGUGCUGAUGCAAACAGUCGGACUCAAUUGAAUGAAACACCGUUAAUACUAGCUGCUUCUUAUCCACUUAAUUUACCCAUCAUUCAGUUGUUACUGGAACAUAAAAUUGAUGUGAAUGCAUCAGAUCAGUUUCAUAAUACAUCGCUGCAGUUAGCCACAAAACAAGUCUGCCUUGAAGCAAUAAAUAUUCUCUUACAACAUGGCGCAGAUCCAAACAUCAUUGAUAUUUACCAUCAAUCCCCACUGUUCUCUGUUGCUAAGAUACAGAAAGAGGAAUUACCUCUUGUACCAGCAUUGUGUCUGCAGACCCUACUUAACCAUGGAGCUAACAUCAAACAGAUCUGUCUGAAACAGAACAUACUCCAGGCAGUCGCUAAAACAUGUCCAUAUAAUAUUCUGAGCAUUAUUAUGAUAAUCAGCUCUUAUGACUAUGUUGACAAUGCACUGAAAACACUGCUGCCGCUUUUUCCAAGAGAAUUACAGUAUCGUCAUACAGAGUUCAGCAGAAAUUUACACUAUUUAUCCUGCAAUCCUAGAUCUUUGCGCCAUCUCUGUCGCUGUGUUAUCAGAUUCAAUCUUAAACAUUACUGCCACAACAAAAUCCAUCAACUUCCACUUCCAGAUAAGCUUAUUGCUUAUCUUCUCCUUAAACCAGAAGUAUGUCAAGAAUUGUAUUUAUAGACUGAAUACAGUCUUCUCCCCAGAAAUUUGUCUCAUGGUUGCGGCUAAUUUACGUACUGAAAACUGUUUAUUCAUAGAUAAUAACUGAGAUUUCAUUGAUAGCUAGAAAGCCUGAUAUUUAUUUAUUCUGACAGUAUUGAGAUAUUAAUUGUAUUAAAUACAUUUUAGAUCCAAUUCCUUCUGUGUGCACGGUUUAUCUCCUUUCACAUAAAGAUUGUUGAAUAAUAGCAGCAGUUUGCAGUUUGUUCUUUUUAGGCAUAUAUUAUUAUUUAUAUACGGUAAUGUACAGUAUUACAAUUUUACAUGUAUCUUCAAAUUUUAAUCAUAAUGGGCUUCCAAUAAAUGAUUGGUUCAAUAUGUCAUUGAA